AUGGGUCGGCAUCGCUCAGAUUCACGUUCUCGAUCAGUAUCUUCAAGUUCGUCUGGCCGUGGUACACAAUCAUCAAAAUGGAAUGGUGAAACAGGCUAUCGUGUUCAUAUAUCGGAUUUAGCAGCUGGUGUUUCACGUAAAGAAGUUGAAAGAGUAUUUGGAAAAUAUGGAACUGUUAAUGAAGUAUGGGUAGCAACAAAUCCACCUUGUUUUGCUUUUGUUAAUUUUAAACAUCGUUCGGAUGCAGAUAAAGCUAUUCGAGAAGUUGAUGGAAAAAUAAUCGGUUCUACUCGUGUUGGUGUAAGUUGGGCACGAACUCGUACUUAUGGUGGCCGAAAUCGUGGAGGCCGUGGUUACUCAUAUCGGCAUAGUGGUAGUCGUCGUCGAUCAAGAAGUCGUUCAAGAAGUGGUUCACGUCAUAGACGACAUCGAUCGAGAUCACGGUCAAGUUCACGAGAACGUUCUCGUCGUCACAGUGGCUCACCACGAGAUCGUAAACGUGUAAUUCGUUCAAAUGAUCGACAAGAAUCAAGAUCGUCUCGAUCAAUAUCACGUUCUCGAUCACGAUCACGUUCACGUUCAUCAGCAAGACAAAAACCACCGAGAAAUGCUAAUGGACGAAGUCGAUCUCGUAGUUCAAGUGUUGAUGAUUGUCAUGAUAAAAGAUUAGCUGGAUCAUCAGCAACAGCUGCUAAGAUUGAUGGAAAUAAUAGUUAUGAUCGAUCCCCGAUUGUUGCCGGUGGUGAUUAG